AUGAAAUUACGUAUUGUUGAAUCUCAGACUGAAUUUUUAACACGUCAAGCUCGUCUUAAAACAAUGAAAAAAGGACAAAUAUUUAUGACUAGUGAAAGUCGUCCCGGUGCUAAAAAAACUAAAAAUCGUUUAAUGUAUUGGCAAUUACUUGAUUAUGAAAAACAUGUACAAUGUAGUGAAUCACCAACAACAACUAUUAAAGAAAAUAAUACAAGAGACACUUCAACAAGAAAUCUUAUUAGAACAAUGAUUUUCGUUGAAAAUAUCAAAGAAGUUCAAUGUAAUAUUGAUCAAGUACGUUCCGGUAAUUUUAAAAGUCAAGAACGUGUUUCAAAACUUACUCGUCAUAGUAAUGCACAUACAAAUCUAACGAUUAUUCUUCAAAAUGAUACAACAUAUACAUAA